AUGGCCAUGGUUGAGUGGUGGAGGCCGGAGACACACACCUUUCAUCUCUACACUGGUGAGGCCAUGAUCAAGCUUCAGGAUGUUGAUGUCAUGUUUGGAUUGCGGGUAGAUGGAGACCCAUUAUACAGUCGGGCUGAGCCUCCCCCUGGUAGUACAUUGACGACAGAGUUGACUAGGCUAACCCAUUUCAUGUGUCUGGUCCCCACCACUAUAUCUGGACAGAGUCGAGUGAGGAUUAGUGUCCUUUGCCAGUAUUUGCAUGACUUGCCUCAAACUCAUGACAACACUGAUCAGGUGGUUGUUGAUCGUCAUUCCCAUUUGUAUCUGCUCAUUAUAUUUGGGGGCAUCCUGUCACUGAACAUAUCGGGUGCCUAUGUCAGCUUACGGUAUUUGAUCUUCUUGAAGCAUCUGGACCUCUUGGGAGACUACAGCUGA